AUGGCUGACCCUUUCUUCCUCGUCUUCAUUUGCGUGCAGAACUGGUCAACACCGCCUGACGGCGCAUGCGUCAACUGCCGUGCCCGCAAGGUCCGGUGCGGCCGGGAGCGGCCUCGCUGUGGGAAUUGCCGUCGCGAUGGCGCCGAAUGUGCAUACUCGUCACCGCCGAAGCGCGUGAACCACAUCAAAGUACUAUGCCAGAACUUUGAAGACAUACAAACCCGUCUCAUUGUGGUGCAAGAGGACCUGGCCGCCUUGACAAGCAUGUUCAAGCAGACCAACGCCGCUCCUGGGCUAAAAACAGACCCGACAAAGGAGGAUCCCCCGGACCGGGACCUCCUCUCAAGGGCGGCCGAGGGUGACUUCGGCGAUGACAAUGCGGGAGAGAGCGUGGGACAUAUUUUCCGGGACGCCGGGACCCAGAUCGAGCAGUAUCACGGGACGUGGACGCUGGUCUCUCAGUGCCACGACUUCGCGGCAGACGUCAAGGCGAGCAUGCUGGCCAACGGCGACGAGACCGUGGACGAGGCGAUGGAGAAUCACAUCAACAAACUCACACAGGACGCCGCCGUCGACGACUCGGGAGACUUUGGAAAGGCGGCGCCCGACGAGGCUGUCCGCUUGCCGUCGAAGCAAUUCCUCAGCGCCGUCCUCGACACCUUCUUCAAGCUCGUCGACUACACCACGGACAUUUCCGAACCCCAAAUCACGUACGAGGCAUUGGAGCGUGUGUACAGGGAGCCGCUGGGGCCUUCGUCCGAGGCCUGGGCCGUGUACUUCAAUCUCGUGAUCCUCGUCGUCUUGGGCGCCGAGAAUCCAAACCUCAUCGAUGAUCCGUUCAUCCGCCCGGCUCUGCAGGCAUCCCAAGUCGCAAUCAAGAAGCCGAGCAUAUUUCUGGCUCCGAAGCUCAUCAACGUCCAAACCCUGUCUCUGGUGAGCCUACUUGCGCACCACUGCCAAAACGAAGAACUCGGCAACGGACUCUUCAUGCAAGCCUGCAUCCUGGCAAAAGCCAUGGGCCUGGAUCAGUCCGUUUACGGGCUUCAGGCAUCCGGCCUGUCCCAAAUCGAAGCAACGGAGAGAAGAAAGGUGUACGAGUCACUCUUCAUACGCGACCAGUGUGCGGCAAUCACGCGAGGCACCAUCAGCUGGCUUCCAAGCAACAGCAGUUCCGUGUCGUCAGUCAAUCUGCGGCAUGUCGAGUCCCGUCCAGGUUCGGGCUCACCGUCACGUUACAAUCUCGCCCGGUUACAAGGCGACUUGCUAUCGAUCCUCACACCGGGCGCGCUCACAAGUCAAGACCAGCGCGUCGCGCUCUCUGAAUUACAGAAUCGUCUGACGGCUUGGUCACGAGACGUCAACGUGCCGUCUUCCACGCCCCCGUCGACGACAGAAGACGUGUCGAUGCACUUGGCAUUUCUCAGCACGCGCAUUCGACUGAACCAGGCCCUGUAUGGCCACGACACCAACGUCUCCCACCAGCUUUUGCACGACUCCCGUCUGUGCUGCUUACUGCUUGUAGUAUCGUGCUGCAGACCCCUUGCCGACGACUACUGGCGGAGACUAGAGUGCCUCCUCGGAGGACAGACAUCCAUCACACUGCCCACGAAGAGACAAGCCCCCCUGUUCACAACACCGUCGUCAUCAACAUCGUCGUCGUCGCCGUCAUCGACGCCGGCAUCACCACUCCUGCCGGCCGCGGAACCUGCUCGUUUCCUUCCACACGCUCCGCCAGGUCCUGCUCUUUCCAUCCACAAACUAUGGGCUUCAUUUCCUCCCGCCGCGGUGUUCAUCUUGGCCAGGAAUAUCAUGCAGAUUCGGCUCGUUCCUGCUUCGUCUGGAAGCCUCAGGCUACCGACAGAUGAGCAAAACGACACUCAGGACGGUGCCGAGGCUCGUGAGGAUGUCCGCCUCCUCGAUGCCUUGAGACAGGUAACUCAACCAGCGGAUGGCGCCGCAAACUUUCGGCUAUCCCGCUCCACCAAUCAACUCGGAACGGUGAUACAAGACGUCGUAGAGCUGCUGACGGCGGCAACCCAGCCUCGAGCCAACCUGAUGGAUAGCCUUACGCCCAUGUCACUUUUGCUGCAAGAGCCGUCGCCGCUCUUUGACAUGGACGGGCUUGAGGCAUAUUGUCUACAGAUCCCAGAGACGUCGGGGCUGACUUGGCCUGCGUCGGGGGCGGCGGACAUGGCGUCGACGUCAGAGUCUGGAUAUUCCUCUGCUGCAUCCAAGAGCAUCUGGGAUAAGCAGGUCGAGGUGCCUCAGUUCCCGGAUCAGAUGGCGAUCGAAGGCGUGUCGUGGCCGAUCAAGUUUGGCGAUGACGGGGCUGAAGGCGCCCAGAGCACCGGUUCUGGCGGAACCAGAGACCGACUAUCCAGCAGGGGCAAGAAGCGGCAGAGGCGUUCAGCGAGCCGUAGUAGCUCAAGAGGAUAUAGUCCUGAUAGUAGACGUAGCAGCUGA